CUAAAAUUGAGCAUCUUCAUAUUUCAUUUUCCUUCAUGCAAAGAGAGUCGCACUAAAACCCCUCACUCUCUCCUAUUCUCUCUCUCUCUCUCUAACAUAAAACUUGAAAUUAAGAAAAUUGAGGCGAACCUACUGAAAGGACCAAUUUGUUUCUCGGUUUGGAACUUCCUUUUGGGUGCAGGCCUUGAAUUUGCACCCGCAUUUCUGGGUUUCUCUCACAUCUAAUCGUCUGCGGAGUCGGGUUCUGGACAUUGGAGGGAGCAAAUUUUUUUUAUUGGACAUGCUAAGGUGUUGAAGAAAAAAAAUGGAAAGUUCUUCAUCAUUUACAGCCCUUGAGGCCGAAAUAAAAGGAAUAUCAUUUAGUUUGGCAACUCGUCAAGAAAUUUGUAAAGCAUCAGGUAGCCAGUGCCCUAUCAGCCAUGCUACUCAACUCUUUUCAAAUCCUUUUCUUGGCCUGCCACUUGAAACUGGCAAAUGUGAGACCUGUGGUACCGGUGAGGCCGGGCAAUGCGAAGGCCACUUCGGAUACAUUGAACUACCAACUCCCAUAUACCAUCCGGAUCAUGUCAGUGAGCUGAAAAGAAUGUUGAGCUUUUUGUGCCUCAAGUGCUUGAAAUUGAAGUUUAAGAUUAGGAAGGUGAACAGUAGUGGUGGUGGUUUUGGGGAAAUAGCAACCUCGUGCUGUCCGCAUUCUAUGCCUCUGAAUACGGUUGUCAUUUACUGGAAACUUGUCAAGGAGAUUUCACAAGUCUCAAUCAAUGAAAACAAGACUACUGACGGGGCCUGCUAUUUGGAAUUGAAAGUACCGGCAAGAUCAACACUUGAUGGAGGAUUCUGGAGCUUCUUGGAAAAAUAUGGAUUCCGUUACGGAAAUACGCAAAUGCAUUCUCGGCCACUUCUUCCUUCUGAGGUGAUGGCUAUAUUGAAAAAAAUUCCCAAUGACACCAGAAAAAAGCUAACUGCAAAAGGUUAUUUCCCUCAAGAAGGGUACAUAAUCCAAUACCUACCAGUCCCUCCAAAUUGUUUAUCAGUGCCUGAUAUUUCAGAUGGAAUCAGUACUAUGUCCACGGAUUAUUCCAUCGCGUUGCUGAAAAAGGUGCUGAGAGUGGUGGAAAUUAUAAAAACUUCAAGGUCAGGAACACCAAAUUUCGAAUCUCAGCAGAUUGAAUCGAAUGAGUUACAAGCUGCUGUGACACAAUAUCUUCAAUUUAGGGGCACCGGCAAGGCAUCCCGUGAUGUGGACACUCGCUUUGGAGUUAAAAAAGAAGAGAAUGUGUCAUCUACCAAAGCAUGGCUGGAGAAGAUGAAAACUUUAUUUAUUCGAAAGGGAUCAGGAUUUUCUUCUCGCAGUGUGAUAACUGGCGAUCCGUUUAAAGGGGUCUCUGAAAUUGGAUUGCCAUUUGAAAUCGCACAAAAGAUUACAUUUGAAGAGCGUGUAAACCAGCACAACAUGGAGUUUUUACAGAAGCUGGUGGACAAAAAUAUGUGUCUGGCAUACAGGGAUGGAAUGUCAACGUAUUCACUAAGGGAAGGGUCGAAGGGACAUACAUUUCUGAGACCAGGGCAAGUUGUGCAUCGUAGAAUAAUGGAUGGGGAUAUAGUGUUUAUCAAUAGACCACCAACUACCCACAAACAUUCCCUACAGGCGCUCUCAGUAUAUGUUCAUGAGGACCACACGGUUAAGAUUAAUCCAUUAAUUUGUGGUCCUCUCAGCGCGGACUUCGACGGGGAUUGUAUCCAUCUGUUCUAUCCUCAGUCUCUGGAAGCUAAAGCAGAGGUUGUGGAGCUUUUCUCUGUGGAAAAACAGCUACUGAGCUCUCACACUGGGAACUUCAUUUUGCAGUUGGGAGUUGACUCACUUCUGUCACUUAAAGUCCUUUUCAGAAAGUGUUUCUUGAGCCGAGUUGCUGCCCAGCAGUUGGCAAUGUUUGUUCCCAGUGUCCUAUCCAAACCUUCCGUGGUAAAGUCUGGCAGUGGCCCUCUUUGGACUGCAUCACAAAUUUUGCAGAUGACGCUGCCUCCUUCUUUCGAUUGUUCUGGAGAGAGACACAGAAUUUCCAAUAGUGAGGUGUUAACCCUUGAUUUUAAUAGGGACGUGAUGACGCCCAUUACCAAUGACUUAGUCACCUCACUUUUCUUUUUGAAGGGCCCGAGGGAGGUUCUGAGGUUCUUUGAUUCUGUACAGCCUUUGUUGAUGGAAAGUCUUUACUCAGAAGGCUUCAGUGUCAGUUUGAGAGACUUUUAUUUACCCCGAGAUGUUUUGGAGAGUAUCCAAGAAAAUAUUCAAAAGAUUUCUCCAUUGCUGUAUCAUCUGCGUUCUUGUUAUAGUGAAUCAGUUGCUUUGCAGUUGGACAGUUACUUGCGCAGCGUGAAAAUUCCGGCUACCAAUUUCAUAGUCAAGUCUUCUAGAAUUGGACACCUGAUAGAUUCCAAAAGUGAAUCUGCUCUCAACAAGGUUGUCCAGCAAAUUGGGUUCUUAGGGACCCAAUUAUCACAUAAAGGGAAGUUCUAUUCCGAGAUUUUGGUGAAGGAGAUGUCGUCCCUUUUCCAAAAGAAGUAUCCGUCCUUUGAUGAUUAUCCUGCUGAAGAAUUUGGCUUGGUUGGUAGAAACCUCUUCCGAGGGUUGGAUCCGUAUCAGGAAAUGGUUCAUUCAAUAUCAAGUAGAGAAGUAAUUGUCCGCUCAAGCCGUGGAUUAACUGAACCCGGGACAUUAUUCAAAAAUUUGAUGGCCAUUCUUAGAGAUGUUGUUAUAUGCUAUGAUGGUACUGUGAGAAAUACAUGUAGCAAUUCCAUCAUUCAAUUCGAAUAUGGAGUCAACAGUGCAAACAUUGCCAGCGAGUUUUGUGCGGGUGAUCCUGUUGGAGUUUUAGCUGCAACUGCCAUGUCUAAUCCUGCAUACAAGGCUGUUUUGGACUCGUCUGCUAGUAGCAAUUCAUCCUGGGAGAUGAUGAAGGAGAUAUUGCUUUGUGGGGUCAACUUCAAGAAUGAUAUUUCUGACCGUCGAGUAAUGUUGUAUCUAAAUAAUUGUGAUUGUGGCAGAAAACAUUGUCAAGAAAGUGCUGCACUUAUAGUCAAGAAUCAUUUGAAGAAAGUCAGUCUAAAGGAUACGGCGAUUGAGCUCCUGAUAGAAUAUAGAUCUGAAAUGAUGCACGAGAUUCCUGAGGUCAAUCCUGGCCCUGUUGGCCACAUUCAUCUGAACAAGACACAGCUAGUACAAUCAAAUUUGGGCAUGCAUGAAAUAUUUGAAAAAUGUGAAGACACAAUCAGUUUACACCAAAAGAAGAAAAAAGUUGGGGCAUUGUUCCAGAAUAUGGAUCUAUCUUUCAGUGAAUGCUGUUCUUUUUGCCAAUCAUCCAAAAGCAAAUGGACUGAUGCUCCAUGCAUCCAGUUCCGCUGGCGCGAGGCAAAAUAUGAUGUAGAUAAGGCCUCUCAGUUACUUGCUGAUGUGGUUAUCCCGGUUCUGUUUGAUACAAUCAUUAAAGGUGGCUUCCUCCCUCCUUUUGUUAGUGAUCAAAGGAUUUCAAGCGCAAAUGUUGUUUGGUUAAGCUCCGACACUGCGUCCUGGACCCGGAGCCCAACUAAGAGGGAAAAGGGUGAAUUGGCUCUUGAUGUUAUCCUGGAGAAAGAUGCUGUUAAAAAGAUUGGAGAUGCUUGGAGGGUCCUUAUGGAUUCGUGCCUUCCGAUUAUGCAUUUAAUUGAUACACGACGUUCGGUACCAUGUGCAAUAAAGCAAGUACAGGAACUGCUUGGUAUUUCUUGUGCAUUUGAGCAGGCUGUUCAGCGUUUAUCUACAUCGGUUACGAUGGUUACAAAGGGUGUGCUCAAAGAUCAUCUCCUUCUGUUGGCAAAUAGCAUGACAUGUGCUGGCACUUUCAUUGGCUUUAAUACUGGUGGAAUUAAAACCUUGUCUAGAUCACUUGAUGUUCAAGUACCAUUCAUGAACGCGACGUUAUUUACCCCUAGAAAAUGCUUUGAGAGAGCUGCUGAGAAACGCCAUGUUGAUAACUUGUCAAGCAUAGUGGCUUCUUGUGCUUGGGGCAAACAUGUGACCGUGGGCACUGGUUCUCCUUUUGAGAUUCUUUGGGACACUAGAAAGGCUGAGUUGGAGCCAAACAAGGAAAUUGAUGCGUACAAUUUCCUGCACUUGGUAAAUAGCAGAUCAAAUCCUGAAGAUAUAGGCACUAGUUGCUUGGGAGAGGAAAUUGAAGAUCUAGACCAGGACUAUAUGGAAUCUGAGCUGUCCCCAGUGAGAGAAGACGGUCUAGAUAAGCCCACUUUUGAAGAUGGGUUUGAACUAGGACCCAAUGGAGAUGAUAGAGAUGGGUUUUCCAAAGAUUUCACAUGUAUGUAUAGUACCCAUUUCCAUCAUGGGAUAUCUGUUUUGCUUUUCCAUCUGGAUCUGGUUAUGAUUGUUUGUUUUCAGUCUGCAUCUCAGGAUAGUUGGUUAUCGUUGACCAAAAUGGUUGAGUCUCAAGAAGAUGGUUGGGGUAAAAAGCCCGAGCAAAGCGCUUGGGGUAAAAAUGUUAUUUCUGAGGAAACUCAAGAUGACUCAGUUUGGGGAAGAAAGACGGAUUCCGGUGGAGGAAGUUGGGGAAAAAAGACGGAGGAAAGCACUUGGGGCGCAAAGGUAAAUUUUGAAAGUGAACAAAUGGGUGAAAAAAGCACUCAGGAUGAAGAUACCCAAAAUACCUCUUGGGGUAAAAAAGUGGAUUCUGAAGGAGAUGGUUGGAAGAAAAAUCCCGAGCAAAGCACGUGGGGCAGAAAAGCUGAUUCCAGUGUAAGUGAUUGGAACACCACGGAUAAGCAGUCCAAAAAUGGCGUAGCCUUGGCGAAAAAGGCUGAUUUUGAUGGACGAGGUUGGGCUAAGAAUGACGAACAGAACAAGUGGGGUGGAGCAAGUUCAAUAGAGCCUCGUAGUCAGUCCAGCUGGGCUCCGCCUUCUGCUGCUGGAAAAGAUUGGGGUCAGAAAGAUGACCAAGGAACACUGGCUAAUGCUGGUGAAACUUAUAGUGGAGGUUGGGGGAAAAAACCCGAGGAAAGUACAUGGGGACAGAAGUCUAACUCCAAAAAGGCCGACUCUGCUGGAGGAAAUUGGGCUAAGAAAGAAGACCACAACAUGCCUCAAAGUCAAUCCAGCUGGGGCGUGACUUCCGGUGGGAAAGAGUGGGGUCAGAAGGAAAGCAAAAUGUCUGAGGCUGAUGAACUUGGUGCAGGUGCUGGUUGGACUAAAACGAAUGAACAGAAUAGUUGGGGCCAAGUGAGUACACCCAAGACUGAUAAUAAUUCCACUUGGGGAAAGGGCAAAGAUGAUGCAAAAACAGAUAAAUUCUUAUCCGCUGGAUCUCAAGAUGGCGGUGGCUCAUGGUCAUUACCUCCUGUAGUUGAGAAAGAGACACCUCAGCAGGAUGCCUCUGCUUGGGCACCCCGUGUGGAAUCUCCUAAGGGAAUUCAGUGGGGAGCUAAACCGGUGGCUGAUAACACUCCCGAUUCAAAACCUUCUGGAAACUGGGGAUCUUCUAAUGAUUGGGCUAAGUUUGAUAAACAGUCCCCGACGAAAGAGGCUCCCAGCAAUACUUGGGGUUCGAGCCCGCAACCAAAUGACUCGACAGCUGGCGGCUGGGGUUCGUCGAAAGCUGAUGCUGAUGGAGACAGAGAUGCGCGGCCUCAGUGGGGUAGGGGCCGAGGUCGGGGUAGGGGCCGUGGGUGGGGCCGAGGGGGAAGGUUUGGAGAUGGCUCUCAAGGUAGGGGGGGUCAGUUUAAUAAUAAUAAGAAUGAUGGAGAAUGGAAGAACAGGAGGCCUCGCCCGAAUGAUGAUCCUAAUGUGCUGGCGACUUUAACUGCGAUGGGGCAGCGGCUAGAUUCGUUCACGGCUGAGGAACAAGAUGUUCUUUCGGAGAUUGAAUCGGUUAUGAAGAACAUCAGAAGAGUGAUGCAUCAGACAGGGUAUAAUGAUGGCGAUCCUAUAUCUGCAGAUGAUCAGAAAUACAUAAUUGAUAACGUACUCAAUUAUCAUCCUGACAAAGCUGUAAAGAUGGGAGCUGGAGUAAAUCAUAUCAUGGUUAGUCGUCAUGGAGAGUUCCAGGACAGCAGGUGUUUCUACGUCGUUUCUGUUGAUGGUGGCAAAGAAGACUUCUCCUAUCGCAAAUGCCUGGAGAGCUUCAUCAGGGAGAAGUAUCCUGACAAGGCAGAAACUUUUAUUCCUAAAUACUUCAAGAAAUUACCACCACGUACCGGGUUUAACCGGGAUCGUGGGCCCCCUCCUAGCUGGAACAGAGAUAAUACAAAUACUCCUGCUCCAGAUGAAGUUGGAACUCCGGGCUGGGCUGAAAGCCCAAAAGGAACUGGAAACUCCUCAGGCUGGGGUGGAACCCCUGGAGGGACUGGAAACUUGGGCUGGGAAAAGGAUCAAACAACUCCUAACCCAGAUGCUGCUGCUACUGGUGGUUGGAACAGAGAUAACACUCCUGCUCCAGAUGAAGUUAGAACUCCGGGCUGGGCUGAAAGCCCAAAAGGAACUGGAAACUCCUCAGGCUGGGGUGGAAACUUGGGCUGGGACAAGGAUCAACCGACUCCUAACCCAGAUGCUGCUGCUACUGGUGGUUGGGAAAAAGCAGAUUAA